UGGCGGCUCGGAAAAUCCGAAUGGUCUCGCAGCCGCGCCAAAGACAGCCACGGUGGCCCGGGACCCCUUUGCGUUUGGCUUCUCCAGGGCUGUGGAAACGUCCAGGCAGCGGCACCUGCGUCUGCGCUGCGCUUGCAGACGGAAAGGCCGGCUCAUCCUAACCAUUGAUCUCGCUGCCCCCUUCUCUCCCCUUUUGCGCGCGCGAACAAGGAUGGCGCCUCAUCCCUCGGGUGCGCCAACUGUCCAAGGGACCUACGAGACUGAGCGGUCCUUCCCGGGCGCCUCGGACGACGAAGGGGCCUGCGUUGCGUCCGCUCCGCCCAGCCCCGCUCGCUCGCGGGGCAACGGCGCCGAGGAGGAAGGGGGCGGCUGCCGAGGGGCCUCGAGGAAGCUCCGGACCAGGCGCGGCGGGCGCAGCCGGCCCAAGAGCGAGCUGGCUCUGAGCAAGCAGCGACGCAGCCGGCGCAAGAAGGCCAACGACCGCGAGCGCAAUCGAAUGCACAACCUCAACUCGGCGCUGGACGCGCUUCGCGGUGUCCUGCCCACCUUUCCGGACGAUGCCAAGCUGACCAAGAUCGAGACGCUACGCUUCGCGCACAACUACAUCUGGGCGCUGACGCAGGCGCUGCGCAUAGCGGACCACAGCCUCUACGGGCUGGAGGCGCCCGCGCUGCCCUGCGGGGAGCUGGGCAGCCAGGACGGCGGCUCCCCGGGAGACUGGGGCUCCCUCUACUCCCCGGUCUCCCAGGCGGGCAGCCUGAGCCCCGCCGCCUCGCUGGAGGAGCGUCCCGGGCUGCAGGCCCCUGCCUCCCCUGCCAGUCUGCGCCCCGGCGCCCUCGCUUUUUCAGACUUCCUAUGAAGGGGCCUGUCGGCCACUGGGCGGUGGGUGCUUGGGACAGAGGGAGGGGGCGGAGGCCGUCAGGGACACCGCGCUGCGGCGGCCCUGGUGCGAACUUGCUCCUCCAGGCUCGGGCUCGCUAACACCCGGUGAACCCCGGGCGCCCACGAGGGUGACAGGCUGCAUUCCAUCCCCAUCCUCCGCGCCGCGCCAACUCCAGCCCUCUGGUGCUGCCCGCGCAGGCCAGCAUUGCAGCCUCCGCACGUCCCCCUCCCUGCAGCCACCCUACCCUCAUUCAUGCAAAGACGAAGUCUCAUGCAAAGAAGAAGAGGAUGCUAGCUCUACGCACGCAGCCCGAGACACCCCCUGUCUCCAGCCACCCUACCCUCACUCAAGUCUGUGGGUCUGUCUCUUACCAAUCCUCCACCAAUGUGAUUUAACUCAGUAUUUGAUCUUUCACCGUUUGCUUUCUUCUCCAAAGACGCAGCGGACCUUCUUCUCCUCCAGUCCCUAUCAAGUCCUGGUUUCUGGCUGCUUCGCUGCCUUAAUCCAGGAAGGUGAUCCUCUGCCUUCUCUCGUGCACUUUUGGGAGCCAUUGCCCUCCCGAGGGGAGGGAGACCAGGCUGUGAACUGGGAAAGAGAUUGUCCGCCUGGGGAACUCUCCCGCUGCGACCUGAAGCGCCCUUCUUUUAAAAAGAAAAAAAAAGAAAAAGAAAAAGAAGAAAAAGAAAAAAUCAGACUGUAAAUUAUAUGAUAUCUUUUGAAGUGAAUUUUGGUAUGGUAUAUUAUAUGCCUCCCCUCCCUCCUUUACACGUUUGUAUUUAUUGAUGAGAUUUCACAGCAGGGGGGAAAGUCUAUUUUUUGUACAUAAGAUUAUUUAGAGACUGGUGAAUGAGAUUUUGAGCCAAUAAAAAAAGUACCCUCAAGAAGCCUCAGUUAGGUAACUCGACUAUGCAGAGGGGAGGGUCACAGCCCCCUGGCUGGGGCAGUGGUAGGCCUCAGUCCAAGGAGAAAUAUGAAACAUUCUGGGGGGUCUGAGCCCCUUCUCUGACUUGAGCUAAGAGGCUGUGGCCCUAGGCUGGAAGCAGAGCAGGUAGUGUCCUCAGGGCAAGUCAGCUAAACCUGUAUGGAAAGUAAGAGCUGGAGGGCUCUUAAGAAAACAUUGGUCCAGUUCCCAAUUUUAUUUAUAGGGCAGUGAACUGUCAUAUUCCAAAGAGUGGUUUAGGUGAAAGACAAGUCUCCAACUAGGGAUACUUGCUGGCGCUGCUGACCCUUGCCCCUACACCACUAGCCUGGACUUAGAGUGACUAGUGCAUUUGGGGAGGAAGAGUAGUAGCCUGACCACAGGGUCAGAGCCCUCAGAAACACUGAAAGUUGACUGGGCAUCCCAGGAAUGUUCCCAGGGUGCUUAGAGGGCUAGCAUGUUUUCUAAGCACAUUUUAUGCAGCCGGUUCUGGGUGUCCUGACGUGUGGCUUUGAGCAGCGGGAAGCAGAGAGUGGAGAGUCCCGCUGAAAUCUCUGGCACCCAGGACACCUGGCAGUCUUGAUCGAAAACUUAGCAAGAAUGUGUUCAAGCCACUCAUUACUCCCAAGGUAGAGGUGGGGUGCACGGCAGGGACUGAAACUAUUAGAGCACCCCUACAUGGCCUGCAGGACCCCUAGACCUCCAGGGAAGCCAGUGGAGCCCUAAGAAUCCGCAGAGCCCGCCUGGCACUCGGAACAGGAAAAUGGAGGGUGGGGACCCUACCCUGUGAAUUGAACCCCAGAGACCUCCUGGGAUUGGCUGCAGGAAGGAGCCAGCCAACCCCAGUGGGGCAUGGCACCCUCAUGGCCCACCCAGAGCCAGUCUGUAGGUGGGUUUCCAGUUAGAACGCAAAGGUCUUAGCAGGAGUUAAUGCCUCUUGAGUCUCUCUUUUGC